UCUUGCGCUCUUCCUUCUGCACAAUCUCAAUCUCUCCCAUCUUCAUGAUCUCAUCUUUUCUUCUCUACCAACUAUUGUCGAAAUGUAAAACUUCAAAAAACAACCAGAAAUCUCCUCCCAUAAAAUCCAAAACACUCAAAUCCGCAACAAAAAUUUGAAAACCCAACAAAAUCUUAGCAAAAUCUGCAAUUAGGUUGAAAUCCUAUUGAAUUGUGACUUCAAAAACAAACCCAAACACUCAAAUCUUUGCAACUUUCAGAUGAAGAAGGAUUCUCAAGAGGAAAAUCAGAUUUCCUAACUUUGAUGAAAGCCCUUGCCCCAGCAUUAGAGUCAAGACUCCCAUUUGUGAAAGGAAAUGGAUAGCAUUGCAGUUUUACUCCAACAUAAUGGGCAAUGGGAUCAAAACAAAAACUAUAUCAACUUUGAUGUUUGUGGAAUAGUAAUUAGAAAUGACUGCAACUACAACAACUUGAUUGGUAUGAUAUGCAAUGAAUUGAAGCUGCAAAUUGAAUCUACAUUUUUGACAAUACAGUAUCAAGUUAAAGAUGGAUACCCUCCUUUAAAAAUAGUUGAUGAUUCGCAAUUGAAGUUCUACAUAGAGUUGAAGAAAACGGAAACGAAUAUCACAAAAUACCCAUUGUGUCUCACAAUUGAAAUCAACUCAAUGCGGCAAUAUUUUUUCUCAACUAGGAGUACAACAACACAUAAUCAACUAUACAAUGAAGUUGCACAAAUUGAAGAAGCAACAUCAAAUUCAGAUGAUGAACCAGUUGAUAAUUGUGUUGCUGAGGAGGUUGCAGACUUUAUUGAUUAUGCAGAACUGGUGUCCAAUCAGAUUAUAGAAAUGAUAGAUAAAAGAAACAGAAAUAAUGAAGAAGAAGUGAUUGACAUUGACGAUGAUUUAGUCAUCACCAACAACCAUCACCAAGAGAUUUCUUUGUCUCAAAUAUAUAAGGACAAAGAAACAUUGAAGACUGUUUUGAGCCAUUAUGCGAUAAAUAAUCAUUUCCAGUAUUGUGUACAAAAGUCAUGCAAAAAAGGAAUAUCUAGUUGCUUGCCUUGAUAAAAAUUGCAAGUGGAUGUUACGAGCAUCAAGUCAUGGAAACACAAAUCAAUUCAUAAUUAGAAAGUUCAGCCAUAUUCACACUUGUGCUUUGGAGAUAAGAUUAAAAGAGCAACAUCGACAAUCAUUGCAGAUAUGAUCAAAUACAAGUUCACAAACAUCAAAACAAAGUACACAGCUGCUAAUAUAGUUAGGGACUUGAAAGAUGAUCAUGAAGUGCAAGUCAAAUGCAGCAAAGCUUGGAGAUCUAGAGAAAAAAAACUAUUGAAAAGUUAGAGGAAAAGCAGCUGAAUCUUAUGCAGAAUUGUCUAGUUAUCUGUAUAUGUUGCAUCGUACAAAUCCAGGAUCCUAUAUUGAACUAAAAUCAUAUAAAGAUGGCAUGUUUUUAUAUGCUUUUGUAGCAUUGAAUGCUUCAAUGAAAGGCUGGCCCUAUUGCAUACAUGUUGUAAUAGUUGAUGGGACUUUCUUAAAAUCAACAUAUGGAGGGACAUUAUUGGUUGUAGCAACUCAAGAUGUUAAAGGUAAAAUCUUCCCCUUAGCAUUCUAUGUAGUUGAUUCAGAGAAUGAUGAUUCUUGGGAGUUGUUAGGAAAGCUUAUGGUGUAAGAGAAGA